AUGGGAAAGUCUUCCAAAGACAAGCGCGACGCAUACUAUCGUCUCGCAAAGGAGCAAUCAUGGCGUGCCCGAUCUGCAUUCAAACUUUUGCAUCUGGAUGAGCACUUUGACCUCUUCGGAUCGGAUGUGACGCGUGUGGUUGACCUCUGCGCAGCUCCCGGCAGCUGGAGCCAAGUCCUGUCUCGAGUACUUGUCCGAGGUGAAUGUCUUGGGCGCAGGGCAUGGACAGCAAGAAUGAAGCGUGAGAGGAAGGCGGUGUACCACGGCUUAGAGGGCUUGGACGACGGGCUGGAUCCCAACGAGGAAGUAGACAUGGGGGAUCGAAGGCCGCGGAAUAACGUCAAGAUUGUAGCAGUUGACUUGCAGCCAAUUGCGUCCUUGGAAGGAGUUCAAACUUUGAUUGCUGAUAUAACACAUCAGGAUACGAUUCCGCGGAUUCUUGAGGCCUUGAAAUCAGACACUAUCAAGGAGGGAGAGACUGAGACAAAGCCUCUAGUUGAUCUCGUCAUUAGUGAUGGCGCUCCUGAUGUCACGGGCAUGCAUGAUCUUGACAUCUUUAUCCAGGCUCAGCUGCUAUUUUCUGCUCUAAAUCUUGCUCUUCGGAUAUUGAAGCCCGGUGGCAAAUUCAUCUCGAAGAUCUUCAGGGGCAAAGAUGUGGAUUUCAUCUAUGCCCAGAUGCGUUGCUUCUUUGAAAAGGUGACUUGUGCUAAGCCAAGGAGUUCCCGGGCGAGCAGUCUAGAAGCUUUCGUCAUUUGUGAAGGAUUCAAUAUGCCCAAAGGUUUUAAUGUAGAGGAAUUGCUACCUCUAGGCAUCGGCGGUCAGAACAAUUUGCCAUUCAACAAUUUGAAGAAGCCGCAAAAAGCCGCAAGCAGCUCAAAGGAAGAAAAAGGUGCAGUGGGUGAGGUGGAUUUCGAAGUCAGCGAAGAUGAAACGGAAGACCACAGAUGGAUCGCUCCAUUCGUCGCCUGUGGAGAUCUUUCUGCCUGGGACGCUGAUGCUACCUACUCUCUCCCUAAAGAUCACGUCAGCCUUGAUCCUGUUCAGCCACCUAUCAAUCCGCCGUACAAAGCUGCAUUAGAAGAGCGGAGAAGGAAGGGUGGCCUCUACGGUAAAACCAAGCAGUAG